AUGAAUAGAAUGCGAACUGAAACAGAAUGGAGAAGACAAGAAUCUGUAAGAAGUCACAAAUCCAAAUAUUCCAAUGAAACUGAGACUCUCUGGAUUGAAUUUAUCAUCCUAUUUAACGAGAGAAGAAAGAGGGAAGGACACUCUCCUAUAAAAAUGUAUAAUGUCUUAUCUGAAGAGAUAGAGCUCAUUUAG